GUUCUCCACACAGGUGACAAAGGCGACCCCUGUCCAUCUGUCAUUGUCAGAUUGUUCCUGUGCUCUGCUUUCCAGUUGCCUUGCCUGUUUUGCCUCCUGCCUUCUCCUUUGUGUGAACACACUACAUACUUAAAAUCUGCUCAGAAUCAGUGUGUGGGAUGGACGUGAUCCAGUAAAAUGGUGAAGCCACGUGGUUGGAGUCAAGUUAAAUGCAGAUAAACUUUUACCUUUCUUGAAGACACCUUUGGUGGAUGAAGAUGUCAGAUGGAUGUUGGCCACUUCGUCCGUUUUCCUCUCAGUGCUGGCAGUGAAGCUGCUGCUGCUGCGGUGAACACAACCCACAAAGGCUUACUGACUGAGUCCAGAGGAACAGGAAAUCCCAGUCAAGACAUGUCACUCCUGGACCAAUCAGUCAGCCAGCCAUUAAACAGGCUUGCUGGGAAGGAGGCUGAGCCGAGCUGCCUGUUAACGCCCGUGAACCAGGUGAUCAGCUCAGUGUCGGUUCUCAGGUUUGAGGGGAAACACAGCCGAGCCGACAUGGACGCCUGCCGUUGGAUUCGGCCUGGUCUCCUUCUCGUUUUCUCCCUUUGUGUCGUUUCUGGAAAUCCUUUAGGUACCACAGUCAUAAAUUGCAAUGGGGGUAGCAGUCAAGAACUCGGCCAGGUGGAUGAAGGAUUUACAGGGGAUGUGGAGCUGCUGACGGGGAUCGCGGCAGGAAGUGACGUGAAGCUGGUGCCCUACAUCUUCCCCUCCCACCUGGAGUUUCUGGAGCUGACCUUCACACUGGGAGAAACCAGCGCGACCGUUCGCACCAAGAAGCCGCUGGACGCAGACAUACUGGCAAGCAGCGACCGCACUUUGUACUACUCUGUCAUGUGUAACGGAGUAAUUAAGUACAACAACACUCGGACGCUGAAAAUCAACGACCUCAAUGACAACAGCCCGGAGUUUUCUCAGGAGCUCUACAGCACGACUGUCUCUGAGGCAGAACCUUUGGACAGCGAAGUUAUUCGAGUGACAGCUGUGGACCAAGACAGCACCACAGGAAACAACAGAGUGACAUACUCCUUUGCACCAGCUUCAGAGGACUUCAUGUUGACCAACUCUGGAGCUUUUAUUUUGAAGAGACGUCUGAACUACAACUUGGUCCAACAGUACAACUUUAUUGUGACGGCAAAGGACAACUGGGGGUUAAAUGACACGGCCACCGUGGUGAUCGACGUCGACGACUUUGACAACUUCAAUCCCUAUUUCAUCCACAACGUGUACCAGGCCUUUAUUCCAGAGACCCAGACUGGGACGUUUCGGGCCAUUGAGCCAGAGGCGAUAAAGGCUCAGGAUGGAGACCUUGGGAUCAACAUCACUUUGUCUUACAGCAUCAGUGCAGUGUCUCCAGAAAGGUAUCAGAGAAACUUCCAUAUUGACUCCAGCAGUGGGGUUCUGUCAGUGCUGUCGGCCAUAGACAGAGAGGAGAUGAACAGCGAUGUGAUCUCAGUCAGCAUCAAGGCCGCCCAGACGGACGACGGUUUGAAGACGGCUGAUGCUCUGGUGUCUGUCACUAUUGAGGAUGUGAAUGAUAAUGCUCCAGAGUUUGACGAGCCCAACUACUCUGCAGAACUUCUGGAAAAUUCUCCUGUCAAUACUGUUGUGUUCAAUGCCAUUGUCACCGACCAGGACCAGGGAGGAUUUGUAGGAACUCUGCAGAUCCUUCCAGAAUCUGCUCCUUUCUCUAUUGGUUCUGAUGGGACGGUUAGAGUCAAGAAUAUGACAGCUCUGGACAGAGAGACCACUGAACACAUCACAUUUCAGAUUCAAGCUAGCGAGACGGAUCCACCGAACCAUGUUUCAGUGGCGGAAGUCAGAGUGACCCUUCUGGAUGAGAAUGACAACAGUCCCGCAUUCACCAGCAACAAGUACGAGGGAAAGGUGUUUGCAAAUCAAACCGAGGGCAUUUUGCUGGUCCAGGUUAAGGCAGAAGAUCCAGAUGCUGGUGCAAAUGGGCAGAUCAAAUACUCCAUUGACUUUGGCAACAAUGAUGGCUACUUCUCAAUCGGAGAAAACACUGGAGAGAUCACGCUAAAUAAAAUCAUUCCCCUGGUGGAAAACAGGAUUUUGGAGUUCCCUCUCUACGUAACAGCCAGCGAUGGGGGCAUCAUACCUCGAUUAUCCUCGGCACAGGUGAACAUUCGUGCACCUGGUGAUUCAAGACCUCAGUUUUUACAUAAAAGGUACGGUGGCACUGUGGAAGAGGAGCAGGACCCAGGAGUUGUGAUUCUUCGGGUUGACUUCCUUGCAAUAGCUGCUGAGGUCCCUGUGACCAUCAGAGUUGAGACUGAAGCCGACAAGUUCGAAAUCUCCCCCGGCGGUGACUUCGCCACGAAGGUGAAGCUCGACUACGACGAAGCCCCACACAACUACUCUGUGGAGAUCUCCAUCUCUGACGGGGUCAACACAGACACUGCAGUCGUGGAGGUUCGAGUCACCGAUGUCAAUGAUAACAACCCGGUUUUCAGCUCCGGUUCUGUCACAGAGUCAGUCCCAGAGGACGCAGAGGUGGGAUCCAACGUCACUGCUGUUCCCGCCACAGACAAAGACAGCAGCUUCAACGGGGAGAUCAGAUACUUGUUGAGAGGGGGAGAGGGGAGGUUCGCUGUUGAUCCCGUGUCUGGGAUGGUGACUGUGGCCGGUGCACUUGACAGGGAGACCAAAGCGGCGUACAACCUGCAGGUGGUGGCUGAAGAUCAGGGUCGCCCAGCCAGGUCGGCCACAGCCUCCCUGCUGGUCCAAGUGUCCGACGUCAACGAUAACGUGCCCAGGUUCUCAGAGGCCGAGUAUCAGGUCGAAGUCUCGGAGACAGAGUCAGUGGGUACGAACUUGUUGACCCUGUCAGCUGAAGACCCAGAUGAAGGAGAAAACGGGAGAGUUACUUACAGUAUUUCCAAACAAAGUCCCUCCUCAGACCCUGCUGCUUUUGAGGUGGACUCUUCCAGCGGGACUCUGCGGCUGGUCCAGCCUCUGGACUACAGUGAGGUGAAGGAGUACAGUCUGGUGGUUCAGGCCUCUGAUGGCGGGACUCCCUCUCUGGUUGGGAACGGCUCUGUGGUGGUGAAGGUGAAGGACGUGAACAACAACCCACCUGAGUUCAGUAAGGAGAGCUACGACGUGGCCGUCUCUGAGAACCUGGCCAGCGGUGCGUCCGUCUUGACCCUGCAGGUCACUGACAGGGACGAGGGAGGAUUUGUAGGAACUCUGCAGGUCCUUCCAGAAUCUGCUCCUUUCUCCAUCAGCUCUGAUGGGACGAUCAGAGUGAAGAACUCCACAGCUCUGGACAGAGAGACCACCGAGAGGAUCCUGUUUCAGGUUGAAGCGAAGGAGACGAAACCACCCAACCACAUUGCAAUUGCAAAUGUGAACAUAACUCUUCUGGAUGAGAAUGACAACAGCCCUGAAUUCACCAGCAGCAAGUAUGAGAGCAAAGUCUUCACCAACCAAACCGAGGGGAUGCUGCUUGUGAAGGUCGAGGCAGAGGAUCGAGAUGCAGACGCCAAUGGACGGAUCAAAUACUCCAUCGACUUUGGGAACCAAAACGACUACUUCUCCAUUGAUGAAACCACUGGAGAGAUCACUCUGACGAAAAUCAUUCCACUGGAAGCACAUCAAACCUCGGAGUUCCUGCUGUUCAUAUCAGCCACAGACGGAGGCAUAGUGUCCCGCUCCGCCUUAGCACAGGUGGAGAUUCUCGGCAUUGGAGAUGCAAAACCACAGUUCACUCAGAGAACCUACAGUGGCACCAUAGAAGAAGAGACAGAGCCAGGAGCAGUGAUCCUCAAGGUUGACUUCCUUGCAAUAGCUGCUGAGGUCCCUGUGACCCUCAGAGUUGAGACAGAAGCCGACAAGUUCGAAAUCUCCCCCGGCGGUGACUUCGCCACGAAGGUGAAGCUCGACUACGACGAAGCCCCACACAGCUACUCUGUGGAGAUCUCCAUCUCUGACGGGGUCAACACAGACACUGCAGUCGUGGAGGUUCGAGUCACCGACGUCAAUGAUAACAACCCGGUUUUCAGCUCCGGUUCUGUCACAGAGUCAGUCCCAGAGGACGCAGAGGUGGGAUCCAACGUCACUGCUGUUCCCGCCACAGACAAAGACAGCAGCUUCAACGGGGAGAUCAGAUACUCGUUGAGAGGGGGAGAGGGGAGGUUCGCUGUUGAUCCCGUGUCUGGGAUGGUGACUGUGGCCGGUGCACUUGACAGGGAGACCAAAGCGGCGUACAACCUGCAGGUGGUGGCUGAAGAUCAGGGUCGCCCAGCCAGGUCGGCCACAGCCUCCCUGCUGGUCCAAGUGUCCGACGUCAACGAUAACGUGCCCAGGUUCUCAGAGACCAAGUAUCAGGUCGAAGUCUCGGAGACAGAGUCAGUGGGUACGAACUUGUUGACCCUGUCAGCUGAAGACCCAGAUGAAGGAGAAAACGGGAGAGUUACUUACAGUAUUUCCAAACAAAGUCCCUCCUCAGACCCUGCUGCUUUUGAGGUGGACUCUUCCAGCGGGAUUCUGCGGCUGGUCCAGCCUCUGGACUACAGUGAGGUGAAGGUGUACAGUCUGGUGGUUCAGGCCUCUGAUGGCGGGACUCCCUCUCUGGUUGGGAACGGCUCUGUGGUGGUGAAGGUGAAGGACGUGAACAACAACCCACCUGAGUUCAGUAAGGAGAGCUACGACGUGGCCGUCUCUGAGAACCUGGCCAGCGGUGCGUCCAUCUUGACCCUGCAGGUCACUGACAGGGACGAGGGUGGAUUCUCCAGCGGUCACUUCCUCUACACCAGCGACACUUUUGACAUUAACAAUCAGGGCGUGGUCUCACUGAGGAAGGACGUCACCUUGGACAGAGAGACGAAGGACAGCUACAUAUUACAGGUGGUGGCGGUGGAUCAGGACACUGAUGGACUGAGAGCCACAGCUCAGCUCAACAUCACCGUCCUGGACUACAACGACAACGCCCCACAGUUUCCUGCUAUCCCAGACCCUCUCCAGAUCCCAGAGGGCGACUACUCGGAGCAAAGUCCAGGAGAAGUUUUCACCUUGGUGGCCACAGACGCAGACCUCGGCCCCAGCGGAGAGGUCACCCUGUCCCUGUCCGCCCCUCACCCCCUCUUCAGGUUCAGAAAGGACGGGACGCUGCUGGCUGUUGGCUCUCUGGAUCGGGAGAGCAGGGAAACGUAUGAGCUGGUCGUCAAGGCCUCAGACAACGGCAGCCCGCAGAGAGAGAACAUCACCACCAUCACGGUGAGCCUCAUCGACGUCAAUGACAACAGACCGGAGUUCAGCUCCAGCAGCUACGUCAGCAGCGUCCUGCUGAAAGACGUGGUGGAGGGGCAGCUGCUGCUGACGCUGAUGGCCACCGACAGAGACGCCGGGAACAACUCGCUCAUCACCUACAGUUUCUCUGCAGGAAGUUCUCCAUAUUUGGCCUUAAACAGUGAGACCGGAGCCGUGACCUUGACCUCUGACCUUGCUGAUGUCACUGAGGACACCACACUGCUGCUGACAGCCAUGGCGAAAGACCACGGCCAGCCUCCUCUGAACUCCACAGCCCAAGUUUUGGUCAAUCUGAGGCUCGUCAGUCUGGUGGAGGGCGUGGCCUUCUGGAGCUCCUCCUACAACUUCAGCCUUCCUGAGAACCAGCCGGUGGGGACGACGGUGGGCAGCGUCUUGGCCUCCUCAGGAAGUGACCUUUACGACGUUGCCUACAAACUGAAAACACACGCCGACCUGUUCUCCAUCAGCGCCAGCGGGGCCAUCCAGACCAGAGCACAGCUGGACAAAGAAAAGCAGGAGUGGUACAUCCUGGACGUGGAGGCAGUGGACACGAGGACGCCCCCUACGUCAGCGGUGGCAGUGGUCACAGUUCAGGUGGAGGACGUGAACGAGCCUCCGCAGUUUCCCUCCAGCCAGUACGAAGCCUCGGUGUUAAGCAUCGCCCCGUAUAAAACCCGCGUCAUCGAACUCCAGGCCUCAGACCCGGACGUGGGCGAUGGCGGUCGGCUGGUCUACAGUCUGUCAGCACCCAGCCCUUACUUUGACGUGGAGCCGUCCUCAGGCCUGCUCUACGUGGUGUCGGUGGCGGAGCUGUCUGAACAGCUGUUUGAGGUGGAGGUGAAGGCCACAGACCCCACAGGACUUCAUGCCACAGCCAAGGUGGAGGUGGAGGUCCAGGGAAGCGCGAGCAGCAGCGACGUGGUGGUCAUCUCCCUCAACCAGCCGGCCAACACCGUGGAGAAGAAAGUCCCCGAGCUGGAGAAAUCCUUAGAGGAAGUUCUGGGCUGGACCGUGAAGAUCAUCAAGGUGUCCAGCGCUGACGGAGGAGCCUCCCAGUCCCGAGCGCUGAGGGCAGCAGCCAAGACUCUGGUCAGCUUCAUCUCCACAGAGGGAGGGACGGUCGUUUCCUCUGAGGAGGUCACAAAGAAGCUUCAGAGCAAAUCAGAUGACGUGAAGGGGGAGCUCGCCAAACUGUUCGGCGACAGUCUCCAUUUUGACGUCGAGAUGGAGACUCAAGGCUCCGCCUCCGACCAGGCUGUGGUCAUCGCCCUGGCCGUCCUGUUGGCCCUGAGCAUGCUGGGAUUGAUCGUCACCAUCGUCUUCAUCGUCAGGUUCAGGACGACGCAGAAACAAAAAGAUUGUGACCAAGAGAGCUUUGACAUCAGCCGAAAAGCUGAAGGCUACACGAACUGGUCUCUAGACCAGAAGACGUCCGACACACCUGAACAGGGACAGAAGAAGAGUCCAGCAGAGGACGAGGACAAGAGGACGGACGACGAGAAGACAGUGAAGACAGGCAGUCACCGAGGACGCUCUGAAUGGGACAAACAGAAGGACGACGGACACAGCGAUGAUGAUGACAACGGAGGCCAAACGUCGUCUUUCUGAUCCGACUGUACGGAGGCUGCAGAGGGACACCAAAGCAAUCAGAAACUCUUAUACAGCGUCGGAUCAGUUCAGUACGUUUGCUUGUAAGGACUCGAGUCGCCGCCAGCAGACGCCACAGCAGCUGAUGGGAGUUCAGCUUUUAAUAACUCAGAUCAGCUGCUGUCGAGUUCGGGGUCCAGUCAGGUUGUAGGAAACUCCUGAAACGAGCAGAUUUAUUUGGGCUAAAAUGAGGAGGUUCAGGUCUGAUUUGUUGCUCUAAAUGAUGUACCUGCAGUCAAAGGCCCUCGCUGAUCUGCUGAGUCAGCUGGUAAUUUACUGUCUACAAAAAUGGCUGCCAUAAGGCAAACUAAGAUGACAUUUUAAAGCUUAUAAUAUAACUUAACUCAGUUUUGUUUUCAGAUGUUUUGUUUUCUUUAGACGUGCACAAACAACAUUAAUCAGCUCUGCUGUCACUCUGCCACAUUUAACUGCCAAAAACCACUUCCUGUUUGAAACUACUUUUAGAUUCAGUCAACUGCAAAUGUAUCUUUUUGUAAUAUUUACAAAAUUAAAGAUGUGCGUCCAGAUUUUUGAAUUUGUGAAUGAAAAUAGUUUUACUUUAGAAGAUCAAAAUAUCUAAUGUCUGAUAUCAAACGGCCUCCUUUUACGAGACGUAAGCUGAACACGGUGAUGAGAUUUUCUCAAAAGUCGGAGGGUUUGAACUCAAAACUUAAAAACUGAAACUUUGUGAUGACUUUGACAUAAAAAGCUCACAUUAGUGACCAAUAAAAGCUUGUAAGGUGU